AUGGCAGAAUUAACAAAUCAUUUUAAUAAAGUUAAUGAACUUUUAAAUGAUUGGGAUGGAGUUGGAUUAUCACAUGAAUUAUCAAUGACAGAAUUAAUUACCUCAAUUUUAAAUUCAAUAAAUCAUAAUAGUCAUAGUGGUAUGAGUAAUCAAAAGAAACAACAAAUACAAGCAAAAGUUAAUCAAAUUAAAAAGACAGAUUUAGUUGUUAAAAGACAACAAGAUAUAGAUACAUUAUGUGCAAAUAAAAUUCAACACAACUAUAAUGAAAUCGUUGCAUAUCGUUUAAGAUCAAUUUCAUCAUUAUUAGAUUCAAAAUAUUAUGAUGCAUUUAGAUAUUUAAUUGAAGCUAUAAAUUCAUUUGUUAAAGUAUUUGAAUUAUGGUCACAAAAUAUAUUAUGGAGAUUAUCAUUAGAUUUACGUUUAAUGGCAGAAUUGGCAACUUUAAAUGUUGGUAGUAAUGAUAGUAAUAAUAGUAAUAAUAAUGUUACGAUUGAUUAUUUUGAAGAAGCAUCAAGAACAUUAUUAAGUAAAUGUUUUCAAGCAGCAAAUGCUGAUAGAACUCCAAAUUUAGCAGAAUCAAAAAAGAAUGCAGCAUUAGGAGUUGUAAACCAAUUAUUUCAAAUUUAUUUUAAAAUUAAUAAUCUUAAACUUUGUAAAAAUUUAAUUAAAACUAUGGAAUCACCUGGUUUCCCUACAUUAGAGAGUUAUCCUUUAAAUCAAGUUAUCACAUAUCGUUUCUUUAAUGGUCGUUUAUCAGUUUUCAAUGGUCAAUAUAAAAAAGCACAAGAAGAAUUAUUAUAUGCAUUUAAUAAAUGUCCAAAUGAUUCAAUUAAAAAUAAAAGAUUAAUAUUAUUAUUUUUAGUACCAAUGCAAUUAGAACAAUGUAAAUUCCCAAAGAAAUCAUUAUUAGAGAAAUUUAAGUUAACUCAAUUCAUUGAUAUUGUUCAAUCUAUAAAAAGUGGUAAUAUUAAACAAUUUAAUGAAUGUUUGUCAACUCAUCAAAACUUUUUCAUUUCAAAAGGUAUCUAUUUGAUUUUAGAAAAAUUGAAAAUUAUUGUCUAUAGAAAUCUAUUUAAAAAGGUACAUUUAAUUACAACUGGUCAAAGAAUUCCAAUUGGUAAUUUCGUUUCCGCUUUGAAAUGGAUGGAAAAUGAUGCUAUCGAUAUCGAUGAAACUGAAUGUAUUCUAUCAAAUUUAAUUUAUAAUGGUUAUCUUAAAGGUUAUAUCUCUCAUAAAGUUGCUCUUGUUGUCUCUCCAACAAAUCCUUUCCCAAAAUUACCUUUAAAUUAA